AACUUUAAAAAUUAACAUUAAAAUUUGUUGUUUAUUUGUGGAUAAUUUAAAUUGAAUCAAAAUGAUGGUCGGGCUUGCGCAUUUCGUCUCACGAAUUAAUGCAUUUGAAAAUGUUGUAAGUGGCGCGCCCUAUGUAAGUAAGUUCGUAUUUCUGGUUUAUACGCGGUAUAUGCGUCCUUACAUAUUUAGUCACAAUUUUGUAAACAUAUUUAAGUUUAUUUAAAUCAUAGGAAAAUUAGAUUAUUUUAAAUAUUAUACAAUGGAAGAAGUUACUAAGUGUAGUUAUUAUAAUUGCCGUGAUCUUCGAGAAAAAGAACAAAUAUUUCAUGAAUUACCAGUAAGCGACAUUGAUUUAUGCAUUAAAUGGCUGAUAAACAGUGGUCAUGAAUAUCUAAUCAAAAGCGAUUUUUCAACCUUAAGACCAAUGAAAUUUUUUGUAUGUAGUAAUCAUUUUAAAAGUGAAUCUUAUUUAGCCAAAGGAACGUUAAAAGAAAAUGCUAUACCCCAGCCUUAUUGGCAUAAUAUUAAAAAAGUUAAUGAUUUAUCUUAUGUUAAACAUCAAUCUAAAUUUGAUCAAGUUACAGCAAAAACAAAUAAGCACCGAGCACAUGUUUAUCGGUUUAAAGAACAAAAUGGAAAUACAGCAAACAAUAAUAUUCUUGAAGAGAAAUGGUGUAGAACGUGUGCUACGAAAAGAAGUAAUGUAGUUAAUAUGACAUUAAAGAAAAGAAACACUGAAAUGAGUCUUCUCUCAAAACUAAAAUUAUUGAUAGAGAUUGAUGAUGAAGAUACAUUACCAUUAAAUAUGUGCUAUGAUUGUGUGAAGAAAUUAGAACAAUCAUUUCAAUUUUUUCAACAAAUUUAUAUAGCUGAUAAUACAUUGCGUCACAUUUUUCCUAAAGAACAAUUGGAUAAUGAUUGUUAUGGCAUAACGAUAGAUAGAGUAGAUGGUUCUGUUAGCGAUAUAGAAUUUGAUCCAAUAUUACAAUCUAAUGAAGAUGAUCAAUUAUCGAUAAAAUCUAAAUUAUUAGAUACCAAAGGCAACGAAAGAUCUUUAUCUAAGAAGGUUUCAACGGAAGAUACAUCAACCAGCGUUAAAUGUGGUACUGUAUUUUCAUUACUUACGGAUUCCUGUCAAACUGAUGACGAACUUUGCUGGAUAGAUGUUUUAAAUGCGAUAGAACGUCAGAAGGUUGCAUCUUUUCACAAAAAAUUAUUUGCAAGUAAAAUUAAAAUAUCUUGCGAAUUCUGUAUUAGUAAGUUUACAUUAAGACGUCAAUUGAAAACGCAUUUGCUUAAUAAUCAUCCUAAAGAAGUUAGAACUAUGUGUAUGGAUUGUUUAAUCUACUUUGAAGAUGAAUUGUUUCUCUUAAAUCAUCGUGCUACUGUACAUCAUGAUGAUCAGUUGCAUCGAUGCGAUUAUUGUCAGAAAUGUUUCACCAGAAAAAGAGGUUUGAGACUUCAUAUUACUAGAUCACAUGCUAGAAAAAGAUCUUAUUCGUGUGAUUUGUGUCUACGAAAAUUUAUAUCAAAACAAAAUUUAAGUCAGCAUAUUGAAACGGGUCAUUCGGGUGUUAAUAUAAAAAAGGAAAAACAACAUAAUGAAAAAACUCAAAAUGCAUGUGUGAUUAAUUUUGAUGUCAAUACUAAUCAAUCUAAUGAUUUAAAGACUUCUUCUAUAAAAGAACAGAAAAUAGUAGAUACAUCUAUUAAUAAAGAUUUUAAUCAUAUAGAAUUAUCUUCUAUCUCUUGUCCUAAUAAUGAAUCACAAUCCAUACAUUUAGAAAAUACUGUUCAAUCUGUCGUUGAAGAACUUAUGGAAAGUUAAUGCUUUACGUACUUCAUGUGCUUGUGUAUAUUUAU